AUUUUAUUAUCUUUAAUUAUUUAUCAAGGCCUUUUUGGCCUCGGCUUAUUCAGUGACCCGGCUAGUAACCGAAAUUACCGACUUCGACCCGGAAGUGUACUGCGACGACGCCAAAGCUGAGUGGCAACGUAUGACGGAAGUCGACCUUCCAGCCGUGGAAGCCCGAAAAUUUCAGAAAGUGUGGGAUGAGCCAGUCAUACAAACUGCCGUGAAGACGCUGUCUGAAAUGGCCCAGUCAGGCAUUUCCAGCCAAGCCCGGCUUCUAGGUGUAAGCACCAAGGACAACGGAGCGUGGCUAGAUGCUCUACCAGCUGCAUCCCUGGGGAACCUUUUAAACGAUUCCGCACUUCGAAUUGCUGUUGGCCUGCGCCUGGGUACACCGAUCGUAACUCCGCACCGAUGUGUCUGCAAUGAAUGGGUGGACGCUCGAGGUUACCACGGCUUGAGCUGCAAGAAAAGUCGGGGCCGGAAGUCUAGACAUAGCAGCUUAAAUGCCACGCUUAAACGAGCUUUCGCCUCAGCCACCAUUGAGACUGAACUCGAGCCUUUGGGAAUAUCGCGAACCAACGGCCUACGCCCUGACGGAGUCACCUCGGUACCGUGGGAGCGAGACAAAAUGUUAACAUGGGAUGUGACAUGCGUUUGUACGAUGGCUCUCUCCCAUAUCGCUGGAAAAUCCACGCAAGCCGGCGCAGCAGCGGCUCAGGCCGAACGGGAAGCCGAGAAGUACCAGGAAAUCACUCACGAUUACUUGUUCCGAGCGGUCGGCGUGGAGACAGUGGGGCCACUCGGACCGGAAGCCUCCCGGCUGAUUAGCGAAGUGGGCAAGAUGAUUUGGCAGGAAACAGGCGAGAAACGUGCAACAGAGUUUUUGCGCCAGAGGUUCAGCAUCGAAAUUCAACGUGGAAACGCGGCAUCCAUCCUGGGAACGGCACCGGCCUCGCCUAAUUUAGAUCAAAUGUUCUCUGUAAUCCGGCCGCAUGUUUCUGCUGUUUGUUAAUAUUAGGA